CGUAAUCGUAUGUAUAAAUACAACUAGGGCUUUUUAGGGAUGCAGACGGACUUCGGAUUUUGGAAGAAUUCGGCUCCUAGCUCGUACGGUUCUCCACCGUUUAGUCAUGGUGAACGUACCAAAGACAAAAAAGACUUACUGCAAAUCAAAGGAGUGCAAAAAGCACACCUUGCACAAGGUCACCCAGUACAAGAAGGGAAAGGAUAGCUUAGCUGCUCAGGGAAAGCGUCGCUAUGAUCGCAAGCAGUCAGGUUAUGGUGGGCAGACAAAGCCCGUUUUCCACAAGAAGGCAAAAACUACUAAGAAGAUCGUCCUGAGGCUCCAGUGUCAAAGUUGCAAACAUGUUUCCCAGCACCCAAUCAAGAGAUGCAAGCAUUUCGAAAUCGGUGGAGACAAGAAGGGCAAAGGAACCUCUCUUUUCUAAGUGUUUUAAUUUCCAUGUCAAACCAUUGUUGGUUUAAACCAAAUACUAGGUGAGGUCUUUUACCAUCAGGUGUAACUCACUUGUCCCUUUGCUUUUAAUUAUAUCAAUGGUUUUAUUUAUUUA